GAUGUGCUGUCUUUACGACAGUUAUUUAGUUUAUAAUAUUUUCGCUUAGUAAUUCAUUCAAUAGUAUUUUCUAGUUAGAAUUAGAAGUGUUUAAAGUGUAUUCAUUGCAUGUAAAAUAUAUCGGCAUGCGAUGACGUCACAUCCGGUUUCGCCGCGUCUUGUGGGAAAACACCGGUUUGAAAUUAGCGCGAGGGUGGGGGCUUUCCACGAGGCUCACCUGAGCAGAAGCAGUUUUGCAGGCAUGAGAAAUCACAGUGAGAGCAACGCUGUAAGUUAAUAGAUAAUCGAUAUAUUGAACUAAGAUGUUAAUGCUGAUCCUGUUAGAGGUAACGACGGUAGAUAAUGUUUAUGCUUUCGUUAGUUAAAGAGUCGCGGAUAGUUUGCAUGGAAGUGUAUUUAAAGUAGUCAAUGGAGCAGGUAAACUCUCCCUGUAUACUGCACCUUAGUGUAAUGUAGUUAUAGUCACCUUUGCAAGUAUUUACACUUGAAAUGUGAUAUUAAGGAAGGAACAAAUACUGUAUCAAUCUUGUAUUGUUUUAUCAACAGUUUUCACCAUAUGUUAAUGUGAAGAGUGAACAGUAAAUGGUUAAUCUUACUGCGAUCUGGUUCUUAUUAACUGUGGUUUAUCCGGACGUUAAAUUCGGCGUUUCGUUACACCCGAAGGAGAACGUUACAGUGAAAAAGCGGCAUUAUCAGGUGUUUCAAGUGCUGCAAUGUCAGCUCAAUCCAGCAUCAAGUCGACGCCGCCCAGCGACAAGGGCAGUAAACCGACAUCAAGUAAGCCCACCCGGGCGUUAUCAGGUGUUCCAAGUGCUGCAAUGUCAGCUCGAUCCGGGAUCAAGUCGAUGGCGCCCAGCGACAAGGGCAGUAGAACGACAUCAAGUAAGUCCGCACAGGCAAGAGCCAAGGCAGAAGCCGCCAAGGUGCGACUGCAUUACGCCAAACAAGAGGCAGUUUUGAAAAUGAAACUGGCCACCAAAGAAGCCGAAAGGGCCGCCAGACAAAGAGAAGAGGCUGCCAGAGAAGCCGAAAUCCAGAAAGAAAGGGCCGCCAGAGAAGCCGAAAUCCAGAAAGAAAGGGCCGCCAGAGAAGCCGAAGAGGCUGCCAGACAAAGAGAAGAGGCUGCCAGACAAAGAGAAGAGGCCGCAAGAGAAGCCGAAACCCAGUUGGAAAUGGCAAAAAUAUCGACAGAGUUGCAAGUGCUGCAGCUAGAAAGAGAAGAAGAAGCUGCCAUGGCGGAAGCAAAGUACAUAGAACAAGCUGAAGGGUCGCGUGAUUUGACCGAAGUAAGAUCUACUUUAGAAAGGACCAGACUGGAACGCACAAGCGACUAUGUACAAUAUCAAAUAGACAGGCAGGCUCGUCUCCCCUCUCCAUACGUAUUCGAUAACUUCCCCAGCUACGAGGAGCCUCAGAGAGUCACGAUUGCAUCACAUCCAUACGAGGAAGGAAAUUUACCCUCACGGCUCCGUGAUGAAGUCAAGAAUGAAAGAACCGACAACGCUCCUUCACCCCCACAACAGGACGGCGGGGAGGGAGAGGUUCACUCCAGGACAACAAUUGUCAGCUCGAACUGUACAGAAGUUUGCGGUCAAACUCAGUCAAGCCGUUCUUGUUCCGAGAUCUGCCUCACUGAGGUGUACCCUAAAGAAGCACAACAAGAUAUUACCAAGCGUAAAGUAACCGACGAGACGCUAGGUCAGUCAGUUUUCGUUCAAACCGAGCACGGAAACAAACUUGCACAAUCAGCUCAAGAUACCAUUUCUUUAAAACCCAAAGACACCAAGGUCUUCAGAGAUGAAGCAAAUAAUGGGGUUGCCCCAUUGCCAAUCAGAGAACCACGCCAGUGCUCACCAGAUAACAAAGAGCAGGCAGUCAAACGGUUCACGUCCUUACGGAAAACCUGGAAAAGGAAACCUGAGAUACAGCAACGCACCCGAUUGGCCCACGAGGUACUGUGCACCCUAAUGGCAGAGGUCACAGCCAUUAUAAACGCACAAUCAUUCCUACCUGUGUCUUCUGACCCAGAAAACCCCUUUAUACUUUCGCCAUCAACGCUCCUUACGCAGAAGGCAGGAGCACCUCCUCCACCAGGAGACUUCUCAGACAAGGAUUUGUACACAAAGCAAUGGAGACAAGUCCAGGCUCUGGCAAAUCAGUUCUGGCCUCGCUGGAGACAAAAAUAUCUACCUUCGUUGCAACAGAGACGAAAGUGGACAGAACCCCGCAGGAAUCUUCAAGUUGGAGACCUAGUCCUGCUCAGGGACAAGCAAGCCACCCGCAACAGCUGGCCAAUGGCCAGAAUCACUGCUACAUUCCCUAGCGAGGAUGGACAUGUCAGGAAGAUCGAAUUGAAGACUACCGACCAAGGCGAUGUGAAAAUUUACCAAGGGCCAGUUACAGAAGUUAUUCUACUUCUACCCAAUGACUGAUUAAGAGACUAAGUUUUGUACUCUGCUCAUUGUGACCUUACGAAGGUCAAGCGGGGAGUGUGCUGUCUUUACGACAGUUAUUUAGUUUAUAAUAUUUUCGCUUAGUAAUUCAUUCAAUAGUAUUUUCUAGUUAGAAUUAGAAGUGUUUAAAGUGUAUUCAUUGCAUGUAAAAUAUAUCGGCAUGCGAUGACGUCACAUCCGGUUUCGCCGCGUCUUGUGGGAAAACACCGGUUUGAAAUUAGCGCGAGGGUGGGGGCUUUCCACGAGGCUCACCUGAGCACAAGCAGUUUUGCAGGCAUGAGAAAUCACAGUGAGAGCAACGCUUUUUCACCAUAUGUUAAUGUGAAGAGUGAACAGUAAAUGGUUAAUCUUACUGCGAUCUGGUUCUUAUUAACUGUGG